UGUUCAUCCUCCUAGCUCCACCCUUGAUUAUUCAGACUGAUUAUGUGUGGUUGACGCGCGGCGAAGGGAGUCUGCGAGGAGAGAGCGACAGGCGGUAAGGAGGCGACACGUCUAAACGGGGUAAACCUGGACGAAAUAACACGAAUUUUAUUGCACAUUUUAACGUUAACAAAAUAAAAUUGGAUUGUAUAGUAGGUCGCUUGAAGAAGGGACAUUUCGGUGGGAGUUUUCAAGCAGUGUGCCUUCUCAACUUCGUACACAGAGUUGUAGUAGUUUGGAUAGGCUAGCCUGCCUGCGAGAGUUUGCUGGCUAGCUCUAGCUGGUUAUUUUGUUGCGCGCUGGGCGCUCCAGUUGUUGUUGAACUAUGGCGCUCAAGGCGAGGGCUUUAUACGACUUCAAUUCCGAAAACCCCGGUGAGAUAUCAGUGAAAGAAAAUGAAAUAGUGAGUCUGUACAGCGAACAGGACAUUGAAGGAUGGCUAGAAGGGUCCAACAGCAAAGGCGAGAGAGGACUCUUCCCCGCGUCCUACGUCGAGAUCCUGAAGAACGAUACUGCGUCCACGUUUAACAACAACAGCACAUCUGGAUCCCGAUACGCCAAUAUUCCAACCGGAGGCUUCGGGGACACCUCCUCUUAUAAAAUCCAGAAUCAAACUGACAACUUGUCCAAAACAUCAGCAACAUCGCCCGGGUUUACAGCGUUCUCACCGCCUGCCCCAGCACCGCAGCAGCAGCACAUUUAUCAAGCCAGCCAGGGCAGCGACGAAGACUGGGACGAUGACUGGGAUGACAGCUCGACAGUGGCGGACGAGCCCGGGGUUGUUGGGGGUAGUUACCAAGGGGACUUCGAUGGCAACGGACCGUCUACAUACAGAGUGUCAACGUCUACGUCCAGAGGUGGCAACGCUCAACAAGCCAAGAGCUCUGCAACGGUCAGUAGAAACCUCAAUAGGUUUUCAACAUUUGUGAAAUCGGGUGGGGAAGCGUUCGUGUUAGGUGAGGCAGCUGGGUUUGUGAAAGACGGGGAUAAGAUCUGUGUUGUAACAGGACAGUACGGCCCAGAAUGGCAGGAAAACCCGUACCCCUUCGCCUGUACCAUCGACGACCCCACCAAGCAGACCAAGUUCAAAGGAAUGAAGAGUUACAUUGCCUACAAGCUGACGCCCACCCACACACAGACGCAGGUAAACAGGAGGUAUAAACACUUUGACUGGCUCUAUGCCCGGCUGGUGGAGAAGUUCCCUGUCAUCUCGGUGCCCCACAUCCCAGAGAAGCAGGCGGCGGGGCGGUUUGAGGAGGACUUCAUCUCUAAACGGAGGAAGGGGUUGAUAUGGUGGAUGAAUCACAUGACCAGCCACCCGGUCCUGUCCAAGUGUGAUGUCUUUCAACACUUCCUCACCUGCAACAGUACAGAUGAGAAGUCAUGGAAGCAGGGGAAGAGGAAAGCGGAGAAGGACGAGAUGGUGGGGGCCAACUUCUUCCUCACUAUCUCCUCCCCCUCCGGACCCCCCCCGGACCUGGUCGAGGUCGAGUCCAAGAUCGACGGCUUCAAAGCUUUCACCAAGAAAAUGGACGACAGCGUGGUCCAAGUCAACGCCACCACCAACGAGUUCGCCCGGAAACAGAUCACAGGGUUUAAGAAGGAGUACCAGAAAGUGGGCCAGGCGUUUAAAGUCCUGGGGCAGGCGUUUGAGCUGGACCAGCAGGCGUACUCGGUGGGGUUGAACCAGGCGAUAGCGUACACCGGAGAGGCAUACGAUGCUAUCGGAGACUACUUUGCAGAGCAGCCCAGACAUGAUGUGGACCCGUUAAUGGAUUUGCUACAGCUUUACCAGGGACAUCUGGCCAACUACCCUGAUAUCAUCCACGUACAGAAAGGAGCACUGACCAAGGUGAAGGAAUCCCAGAAGCACGUUGAGGAAGGCAAGAUGGACGCUGCCCAGGCGGAAGGCGUCAACGAACGCUGCAACAUCAUCUCCUUUGCCACGCUGGCAGAGAUCCAGCACUUCCACCAGAUCAGGGUGAGGGACUUCAAGGCCCAGAUGCAGCAGUAUCUAACAGAGCAGAUUGGCUUCUUCCAGAAGGUCACCGGCAAGCUGGAGGAGGCCCUGCAGAAGUAUGACAACGCUUAGAGCAGAGGGGGGGACGGAGGAACAUCCCUGAUUGGUCUAGAUCUGAUUGACCACAUUCUGAUUGGUCGAGAUCUCAGAACCGAGAACCCCCCCCCCCCAUGAUUGGUCCAGAUCUGACCCUUGACUUCCCUCAGUCAGCCAAUCAUCGAAGCCCCAGUUAGACAUUACCGUCAACCGCCAAACAGCAAUACAAUCCACUGUGAGAAAACACAGACAACACUGACAAACCUGAAGGCUGGAUUGUUUCCUGAAGCCUGGAUGUUGAUUCCAUGGAUGGUGGCUACAGUUUAAGGGGCUUGAGUUGACAUUUGGCUUUGUUUAGGUGGUGGGCGUGGCAGGGGCGUGGCCAUGGGCGUGACAAACUGUAUCUGUUUUAAAGCACAUUUCCUGUAAUUCUACACAUUUUGCCAUGUGGCUGAGAGAACAUUUGCAGUUUAAAGCUAAUUUCCUGUAAUUCUACACAUUUUUGCCAUGGCUUAUGCUAUCUGAGUGACUCAAACAUUCUAACAAAAUCAAUUUUUACUGUUUGGACAUAGGCGGACCGAACAAAAACACUGAGGCGGCCAGCCCAAUACUUUUCUAUGCAGAGGAAACACUGGGGUGGUAUAGUAUUUGAGAAACUCAGACGUGAGACUGCAAAGCAGAAGGUUACAAAGCUUCUAUAUGUUUGGUUGUAUUUAUUGAUUAACGAGGGCUAUCCUCAUCGUGAUUGGUUGGUAGGUGUAGUAGUCUAGCGAGUGGGUGGAAGUGCUAUUAUCGGAAUCGUGACUUAAGACAGAUGGGAAAACAAUAUAUGGUGUGUGAAGUUAUAUCCCUGCUGCUGCUUCUUAAACUACCUUAUGUUAAACAUUAGAAGGUAUGGCGUUCUUAACCUUGUAGAUCACACUGUGUAGCCUUAACCUUUUAACAAAGUGACCAAGUUACUAGUUAAUGUAAAGUGGUAUACAGUGACUAGUUAAUGUAAAGUGGUAUACAGUGACUAGUUAAUGUAAAGUGGUAUACAGUGACUAGUUAACAUUUACAUUUAAGUCAUUUAGCAGACGCUCUUAUCCAGAGCGACUUACAGUUAGUGCAUAC